AGGUCAGACUUCGUUUCUGUCCCAAAGCAUGUUCAAGAUCGAUCCAUGCCCUGCAACUGGCCUUUGCAUAUCGUAGCGACUUUUCAUGGUUCGGAUCACGACAUGCCGCUGGACGUAGCAAAAUGAAGGUUCCCAGACUUUGACUCGGUUUCUUCGAUGAACAUGAGCUUUGGUGCGCUGCUGCGCUGAAGAGUUUCGAUGGAUACAACAUGGCUGAGAAUAUCCUGAUUUGUCUUGAGGCGCUGCUGCAAGAAGUGCCAAUGUGGAUUGCGGAUUUGGACAGCAUCCUGCAGCAGUCUAAAGCCAAACAGACGGAGCUGCUUAUUGAACGUCAACCAGUGGUUACCUCAUCCGAAGAGCGGUCGACAAGCAAGCACUCUCGAUCUUCAUCUCUGCGGUCUCGGCGAAGUCAGCAGAGAGUUGCGAAGCAGACUGCUGAGGAGCAAACGCAGGGUGUAGCACCGUUGCUCAGACCACAGCUACCGCAUCUCACGGACUCAGAUGCUUUGCGACUCUCGCAACGGAAGAGGAAGACAGCAUCAGUACUCUCGGACCAUUACUCCUCUCCAACGAAGUACCGGUCCAGAGGAAUGGUAGUGGUUUAUUACGACGGAGACACUCAGAAGCGGUUCGAAGCACUGGUGCGGGCCAUCAGUGUACGGCGCAAUGCUAUAAGGAAGGAAGGCAUGGGCCCCAAAGGCAACACCUGGUCGUGGGUCGGAUCGAGCAGCAGCGGCACAAGCAGCAAUGGCGAAAAGGACAUAGACGCUGAGCUCUCGCGGAUCGCGUACGACUCUCCAGUCCGCAAAGAAAGGCUUGCCGACGGCAAAGGUGACGGCAGCAAGAUGCUCGACAAAAUCGGUGUCCACUUGGAGAAGGCUCAGAUGCUGUGCGAGCGAGCUGCCCAUCAGGUCUUACGUGAUGGCGACUGUGCUUUUGAGCUCAAUCAGGCCAAAGAACACUUCGCCGGUGCCGUGGGCGUCGCUGAACAGGGACUGUUGAAAGUCAAGAAGACGACAGCCAUCCCUGACGGGGAUGCUGGGGAGCGAAAGGAUGAAGCGCCACUCAAAGUACGAGCGAAGGAUGAGAAGAGAGGUCAAGAUCCUGCCAUCGUUGUUACCUCCACUGCGUUCGAGACUCCGCCGCCACUGCCGGUAGAGAUUCGCCUCGAGUCAGAGUCAGAUCUUGAAGUGGACGACAGUGAAGGCGAGGCUGACUUUGCUGUGGAUACAACGCAACUUGGGAGGUAUCAAAUGAGAAGCACGGGUUUGAUGGCACAUUGAACAUCGCCUCGGGCUCUGAAUGUUUUAUUUUGCGUUCAAGCGUAGCUAUGGGCAACUCACUCCCUGCCAUUACACUCUGGCACUAUGGCAAGCAAUGUCACGUUCCCACGCGUAACUCAGCG